UCCCUUUCUCUCGUUAUCUCCCUUUCCAACCUCUAUCUUCCAGCCUCUGAGAGACACUGUACUUUAUGUUAGUGUGUUUGUUCGUGUGGGCGGUUGUGUGAACUGCAUGUGUCUGUAUAGAAGACAGGCACCUUUUUUGAAAAGUGGUCCAGACUAGGAUAUCUGAACCCUUCAGUCUUUCUCCGCUCCUCUCAGCCAUCUCCUUCUAUUUGUUUCCCACGUUUAGAAAAAAAGAAAAUAUCUGUUAAGAAUCAACAUUUUUUCUCGUCUGCAUCAUUUUCAAUGGCGUUCUCAAUCCCUUCCCUGACCCUGGCAUCUUGGAUUUAAUGAGUUGCCCCGUGGAAUAAACCAGGCAAUUGUGGAAUUCUCUGUGCUACAAUUCUGGUGAAUGAUCUGUUGAACAGGGGAUGCAGGGAGGGAAUGUGGUUUAAGGUGAGACAGAGUCCACCUUCCACCAGCAGCCUUCUGCCCUCCUCGCAGUGACAACGUCCCCGUAGCAAUCAACAGGCCAGCAUUUAUUGCCUGUAACCAAUAGGAUGGGGGCCGGGGAAGCAAGUGGGCACAGCUACCUGGUGGCUUGCUGGCAGCCCAUUCUAAUUCUUAUGCUGGGCACUGUACUGUCUGGUUCCACCACAGGCUGUCCAUCCCGCUGCGAGUGCAAUGCUCAGGAGCGUUCAGUUAUGUGCCACCGCAAGAAGCUUAUGUCCGUCCCCGAGGGUAUCCCCACAGAAACACGACUGCUGGACCUCAGCAAGAACCGAAUUAAAACCAUCAACUCAGACGAGUUUGCUGCCUACCCCUAUCUGGAGGAGCUGGAGCUCAAUGAGAACAGCCUUUCAGCCAUUGAGCCUGGCGCCUUCAACAACCUGUAUGGCCUGCGGACAUUGGGGCUGCGCAGCAACAAGCUCAAACUAAUCCAGCUGGGUGUGUUCACGGGCCUAAGCAACCUUACCCAGCUGGACAUCAGCGAGAACAAGAUAGUUAUUCUGCUGGACAACGUGUUUGAGGACUUGAACAACCUACGCUCCCUGGAGGUAGGCGAUAAUGACCUGGUGUUCAUCUCCCACCGGGCCUUCCAUGGCCUCACCAGCUUGGAGCAGCUAACUUUGGAGAAGUGCAACCUAACUUCAGUGCCAACUGAGGCCAUCACUCAACUCCACAGUCUGAUCUUUCUCCGGUUGCGCCACCUUAACAUUAAUGUUAUUAAGGAUUACUCCUUCAAAAGGCUGUCCAGGCUCAAAGUGCUGGAGAUCGCCAACUGGCCCUACCUGGACACCAUGACCUCCAAUUGCCUCUAUGGACUAAACCUCACCUCGCUGACCAUCACCAAUGGCAACCUGACUUCUAUCCCCUAUGUGGCUCUUCGGCACUUAGUCUAUUUAAGGUUUUUGAAUCUGUCCUAUAACCCCAUCCACACCAUUGAGGGGAAUAAGCUCCACGAUCUUUUGAGGCUCCAACAGUUUCAUCUGGUAGGGGGCAGGCUGGCUAUGAUUGAGCCCUACUCUUUCCGAGGUCUAAACUAUUUGAAGAUCCUCAAUGUGUCUGGAAAUGCCUUGACCACCUUGGAGGAGUCUGCAUUUCACUCGGUAGGCAACCUGGAGACUCUGGCACUGUAUGACAACCCCUUGGCCUGUGACUGUCGGCUGCUGUGGGUGUUCCGAAGACGCUGGAGGCUUAACUUCAACCGGCAGCAACCCACCUGUGCGUCACCUGAGUUCGUACAGGGAAAAGAGUUUAAAGAUUUCCCGGACAUCCUACAACCCAACUACUUCACAUGUCGCAAGUCCAGGAUUGAAGACCGCAAGGCGCAGCAGAAAUUUGUGGACGAGGGAACUACUGUUCAAUUUGACUGUCGCGCAGAUGGUGAUCCAGCCCCAGUCAUUAUGUGGCUCUCCCCGCAGAAGCAGUUCAUUACGACCAAAACCAUUGGGCGACAUACAGUAUUCCCUGAUGGCAAACUUGAGGUACGCUAUGCCCAGAUCCAGGAUAAUGGCACAUAUGUGUGUAUAGCCAGCAACGCCGGUGGCAACGACACAUCUCUCGCUCACCUGCAUGUCCACAGCUACUCUCCAGACUGGCCCCACCAACCGAACAAGACAUUCGCCUUCAUCUCCAACCAACCCAAUGAGAAUGGUGCCAAUGGUACGCGAACCAACAUCCCCUUCCCAUUCGACAUCAAGACCUUGAUCAUUGCCACCACUAUGGGCUUCAUAUCGUUCCUCGGCGUCGUCCUAUUUUGUCUGGUGCUACUCUUUCUGUGGAGCAGGGGCAAAGGGAACACAAAGCACAACAUAGAGAUUGAGUAUGUACCACGCAAGUCAGACGCUGGGAUGAGCGGCAGCACCGCGGAUGCCCCUCGCAAGUUUAACAUGAAAAUGAUUUAACGGGGACCUAAGGAGCAGAAAAAGACUCUGAACCUGAAGUUGUUAAAAAUAUAUAUAUAUAUAUAUAUAUAUAUAUAAAACAAAUGUAAAAUACUCCCUAAAAAAACUGUGGAUCCUGGGAUGUUAUAGUUAUUUGUUUUUCCUGACUUAAGUGUUGGAGAUGGAUAAACAAGUUACUUGUUUAUCUAGUAUGUUGAUUAUAUGAGGUGAUAGCAAAGCCAACGCUCCAAUGCAUUCACAAUUUCUGCAAGGCCCUUAGUUUGUUUGACCAUUUGUUUGUAAACAAUUAAGGUUAUGAGCAAUUUAUAUUUCUGUGGAUUUCUGUGGGGGAAAAAAAUUAUAUCAAAAAGGAUGAACCCUUUGUCAACAGCCAGAAUUCAAAAGGUAGACCAUAUUCUUGCUGUUAUUUUGUCUACAUUUUAUGUUAAAUUAUUCUCUUUUUUUAUAUAAAUAAAAAAUGAAACAUUUUAUUUAACCAAGGGUUAAGAGUUAGUUGUAUGGGUUGAUGAGCACAUUUAAAAAUCCAAUGUUAUUUUCUCAAUCAGAAUAAUAUGUUUUGUAACCACAUACAUAUUUCUCAAUGCAAUUUAAUUGAAGUUGCUUUUAUAUCUGUGGAGGUCUAGUAAUUACUUUCGCAAAACCAUUGUGUUACAAAAUAUGAUGUUACAUGAAUAAAUAAAGCAUAACUACACAGUAAAAUGAAACAUUUCAAUAUACAGUCUUGGACCUUAAGCAUGUACAAAUGCAUUACAAAUUUUAUUAAUUCAGAUUUUUGACCUAUUAUCAAAAUAUGAUUCUCAAAACACCUCAAAAUACAUUGAGUAAUUUAUCUUGAGUGGAUCUCAUUUCUCUAUUUGGUUAUGCUAGACACAUUGGCAUUAAAUAUUUGUCAAUGAACAUAGUAUUAUUUUAUGUGACAUUUAUAUAUAAUAAAAGAGUAUUAUAAAUAAAUGAGUAUUAUAAAUAUAUAAAGAUAAAGAGUAUUAUAAAUAAAAGAGAGAAAUCGAAACAGUUACUCUUCUCUUUCAGAAGUAACUACAUUUUUAAUAACAGGAAGUGCGGUGCUAGUUACAAUAACUGUGCAUAUUAUUUUAAUAACCAUAUUCAUACAUUACACACACUUCACUGAUCAGAAUAAUUCAGCUAGAACCUUUGGUGUGCUGAUGCAGAUUACAAUCCCUAUAAAACAAAUUAUGGUAUAUUCCAUUGCAUAUCCUUGCAUGAAUAUCUUGCUAUCUGAUUAUCUGUUGCUUUAUGAAUUAUGUUUCAGUGCACUUCAAAUAACAUUACAUAACAGGCUUAUUAUUAUGUGGGUCCUGUGUAUCUCAGUUGGUAGAGCAUGACAUUUGCAACACUAGGGUUGUGGGUUUGAUUCCCUUGACGGGCCAGUACAAAAUGUAUGCACUCAUUACUGUUAAGUCUCUCUGGAUAAGAGCAUCUGCUAAAUGAUGUAAAUGUUAACAUGUUUAUGGUGGCUUAAACUUACUCUGUGUUUAAUGUGCUCACCAACCUGUAAAACACUAAUUUUUAUUCUAUGUCAGUGAGCUUCUGUUCUCUAACACCUACCAUAAAAACCUCCUUUCUGGGAAAAUGUUACUAUAUGAUACCCCAAAAAAUUCUGUGAAGGGGUUAGAAGAAAAUACUAAAUGUGUUGCUGCCAAUCCUCAUGGAUAUACAGUUUGUGAAAUGCCCUUAACUUUACCAACUACAAACUGUGGACAGCUGGGCAUUGUGGAUAUGUGCAGGAUAAAUACUAAGUUAUUUAUGAUGGAUGACAUUCCAGACAAUGACACAGUAAUGGGUUGGAAGUAUGGACUGAAUAUGCAGAUGGUCCAGGGACGCAGAUGGUUUCACCCAUGGAGUGGUCUGAAGCAGCUUUGGAGUAAUCCGUUUUGCUGAGAACUGGUGAAUACGGCUCAUGUUUUUUCCUCUCUGGUUGAUUACGAAUGCUCUCUUUGUUCAAAGUGUGGCUACUGUACUGUGCUGUAGCCUUCGCUCCCGGUCGAGUCAGAUAUUAAUGGGAACUUAUUUUCUUUCUCUUGUUCCUUUUUUUUUAUUUUGACCCAGGACUAUGUUGAACAUGUAGUCCAAGCCAACUUUGUAUUAAAACAUAUUAAAAAAAUACAUAAAAAUUAAAAAAUUAAAUACAUUGAAAUUGUUCUGUGCAAUAAAGGUAAUAUGCAGAUUUUUUUUUAUUAACAACAUUUUAUUGAUGUUAAAUUGUUUAAAAUAUGGUAUGUUGUAUUAAACAAUCUAUGGAUUUUUU